AUGGAGCACUGGGUUGAACACUACCUCGAGAUGUAUGCAACUAUAAAUGAAGUAUGCAAGGAUGCACUUGAUGACAUCAAACAAAUGCCUGUUAUGGAAGAGCUUGAUACAACGUCCACUAUGGAAGAAGUUGGCAGAGUGAUAGAUUGCCUAGCUAAUGGAAAGGCUCCAGGUGAAGAUGGGACCCCUGCAGAGAUUAUUAAUGUGACCAACUACUUCCUGGUGAACCUGUCAGCCGCUGAUCUGUUGGUGACGCUGAUCUGCAUGCCCAUGGCGGUCAGCGGUUCCGUCAGCAAGUUAUGGCUGUAUGGCAGCAUCAUGUGCAAGCUCACGCACUAUAUACAAGGUGUGGCCGUGGGCGCCAGCGUAUUCACCAUCACAGCCAUGAGCAUUGACCGCUACCUGGCCAUCAGACACCCUAUGGCUUUCCGGAAGAUAUUCAACCGGCGGACCACGAUCGCUGUGAUCGUGGUGCUGUGGCUGGCGGCGCUGGCCAUCUUCUCGCCACUGCUGCGCGCCUACUCGCUGGCAGAGGUGGCGUCCGGCUACGCGUUCUGCUACGAGAGCUGGCACGACAGCGAGAGGCGCGGCGCCAGUCUCGCGUUCUUCGUGCUGGUCUACGCCGUGCCCGGCAGCAUCGUCGUCAUGGCGUACUCGCUGAUGGGGCGACGCCUCUGCGCCAUCAGCCCCCCCUUCUCCGAGGACAGCAUGGCGUCCACCAAACAGGGCCGGAGCGUGGUGCGCGAGCGUCGGCGCGUCGCGCGCAUCCUGCUGCUGCUGGCGGUGCUGUUCGCGCUGUGCUGGCUGCCGUACAACGCGCUCUCGCUGGCCACCGACAUGCUGGGCGGGCAGGCGGGCGCGCCCCUGCGCACCGCGCUGCGCUUCACGCUGCUGCUGGGCCACGCCAACUCGGCCGUCAACCCGGUGCUCUACUGCUUCCUCACGCGCACCUUCCGCUCGGCGGCGCGCGAACUCAUCGUCUCGCGCAACUCCCUGCUCGCCUCGCGACACCACCAGAGGCACAAAGUAAGUUGCUACAACGCGGAGGCGGCCCUACACACUGGCAGCAAACGGGGACACACUAUGAAGGAGAACCUCGUAAUCUUUAGAAAGCCGCUGUGCUUGUAG